UAAACAUUAUGGCGGCUAUCGAAACCGCAAAUUCAGGAAUAGAGGAGUUUAAACAAGGUGAUAAUGGAUAUGCUGAUGAGGAUUUCCUAAGGGCCAUUUUUCCGAACUCAAAUCAAGAGGAAUUUAGAGAGAAUCCUGAUGUUGCUACUUACCUUGCUGAACUAAGUUCAUAUGGAGUUCAAAGAUUGGCUCAAGAACCAGAAUGUCUUGCUGAAGAAAAAGCAGCUGUUUUGGAACAAACACAAGAUUUGGCUUCAGAAAAUUACAAGACAUUUAUUCAGACAGCUGAAUGUUCCCAUCAAAUAUUCCGAGAUUUCAAUAUAGUAGAGGAGAAACUAGUUUUGUUACUGGAUAAGCUACCUAAUUUUGCAGCAAAAUGUCAGUUCUUCAAGGAAGAAUCUGAACAGAUCAACUUAAGAAGGCACCAAGCAUCACAAACUUUGUCUAAGUACACCCAACUACUUGAUAUCCUGGAAAUUCCUCAGGUUAUGGACACUUGUGUUAGAAACGAUUAUUGUGAAGAUGCUCUUGAGCUAGCUGCUUACGUACGAAGACUGGAGAAGAAAUAUUCAUCAAUUCCUCUGGUUGCUAGUAUCGCAAGAGAAGUCCAAGAAUCAUACCGACUGAUGCUGAACAAGCUGUUGCAACAACUUCGAACCAAUGUUGAACUACCAGCUUGCUUAAAAGUAAUUGGUUUUCUGAGAAGAAUGGAUGUGUUUUCUGAAGCAGAGCUAAGAAUCAGGUUUCUGCAGGCAAGAGAUGCCUGGUUCCAGUCUGUUCUACAAAAUAUUCCAAAUAGUAACUCUUACAGUCAUAUUACAAAAACUAUUGAAGCUAGCCGUGUCCACCUGUUUGACAUCAUCACCCAGUAUAGGGCAAUAUUUUCGGAUGAAGAUCCUUGGCCAUCAAGCUAUGGGAGAGAAAGUCAACAAAAUAAUAGCACAAUUUUUCAUAGCUGGCUUACAUAUAGGGUUACAGAGUUUUUACAGACGUUGCAGCAAGAUAUCUCUCUCUAUGAAGGAGAAAGGUUAGACUCCAUAUUGGCUCAGUGUAUGUACUUUGGGCUAUCUUUUAGUCGUGUUGGAGCUGACUUCCGUCCAUUACUGGUGACAAUAUUUGAAAAAGUUAUCUUCAGAAAGUAUCAGAAGGACAUUAAAGAUGCAACAGAAGGGUUUGAAGAAGCUAUGCAAGGGUUUACUUUGACAUCAUUUCCUAGUUUUGUCAAUGUUUCUGUACUUACUCCAACUUCGAUAUCAGAGGACAAACCUCACCCUCCACAAGAUUUACUGGAGUUCUACCCUUUGGCAAAAUAUUGUAACAACAUUUUAAUAGCUCUCAACCACCUGAGACUAUGUACCCCUUUGUCUUUAGCUCCAAGUGUUGCACAAGAAUUACGGGCUUCACUCAACAAAUCUGUUUCUGCCAUUCUUGACUUUCACAGGGCAGAAGAAACGACAUUCUCCAAAUAUGAAGUUGAGCAGUUUAGUCGCUUCUGUAGUCAGUUUGCGCAUGAAUUUCUGCCCUACCUAGAUCACUGUUUGACUGUAGUUUUCCCUCCAGGAAGAUUGGCUAAGACACUGAUAUUAUCUGUGUCAGAGUUUAACAAGCUGGAUAAUUUAGGUCGUUUGGAUGUAAAAAGUAUUCUUGAACCAAUGAGCCAUCUGUUGCCACCGAAAGAUGAUGACCAGGGAAUUACUAUAACAGUAACUUCUACUUCUAGUGAGCUUACAAAAGCAAACCAAGAAAAAUCAUUUGGUGAAACUAGCAUACAAGAAAGUGGCGUGCCCAGUGAAUAUCCUCAAGAAGAAACGAAAGUGAUAGAAGAAGAUUUCACCGGUUCAGGGGAAACAUCCACAAAUAAUUCCUCAGCCAAAAUUAAAAUGUCCAGUGAUAACAUCACAGACCAAUUUCAAUCAUCGAAAGAAAACCCAGUUAUUGAAGCUGAAACAUCUACAGAACUCUCCACGAGCUCAGCUGACACAAGCACUAAUCAAGAUGAAACUUCUAAAGAUAUUAUUGUGAGUCAGGAGUAAAAUUUUGCAAGAAUGUACACGUGUUAAUAGGCAUAGAUAAAAGGUUGUUGAGUGAUGAAAACUUAGCACAUCAAAUGUUUACAUUGCACAGUUAAAUAUUAGUCUACCGACUAUUGUCCUACCGUAUUAAACAGUUAAAGACUAUUUUUUGUAACUUUACAAGUAGGUUUUGUUUGAUAAAGCCAAUUAAUCUAAGCAUGAUGUAUUUUUCUGUAAUAGUGGGUUGAUGAAUAACAACUUUUUGAUUCUAUAUUUAUUGAACAUUAAAAACAUUAGUGGUAUUCAGGUGGAAAUUUACAUGUUUUUUUUUUGGAUGAUACAUGGGUCGUCUUCAGAUCUAUGUAAGCUGCCAGAUUUCUAAUUUUCCAUUAUUUCUUACUUAUAAUGGGUUGUUACACUGGACAUUCUGGUUAGUAAUCUACUUGGUUUAUGUAUCGUAUAAGUGAUUAUAUUUUCUUUUCUUUAUUAGACA